AUGCGUCGAUUUCAACCACAACUUUUUUCUUCAGAGUUAUUAUCAUCAGAUCGAGUUGUCGAAUAUGUAUGUGAUGAUGAAACUUAUAUAACACAAGGUGAACAGAAUAAUAAUCUUCAACAACAAUCAACUAAACAGGAAAUACAACCAUUGAAUUGUUCAAAUCCAACUGUGAAUCGUCUGUCUCUAUUACCAGCUUAUCCAACAUUUGAUCGAUUUGGACCUAUUAAUCGAGAUCAUUUACUUUUGGCUAAUAUUCCUUCUCGAAACUUAACAAAAGAGCAACGACAACGUCGUACUUAUCAUUCAUUUCAUCAACCAUUUACUUUAACUGAUGAAAGUGUUCAUAUUAGUGUUCGAUCACCGUUUAUGAAAAUAUACGAUGAAUUAUAUGGAGAUUUAACUAAACGCUUCCAAAUUGAUAAUGCUAUUCUUGAUUAUAAUUAUCAACGUCUUCAUACUUGUAUGAAUAUUAUGGUACAAGAACGAAUUCGAUAUGGUUUACUUGCAAUGGAUACUAUUGGUAUGAAAGAAUUACGAAUUAUUGAACAUGCAUUAGCUAUGGAAUUUUAUCUACAAAUUGAUGGUGAAUUGUUUUUUAUGAAAACAUGUUGUUUUCGUAAUGCUCAACCAUCAUUAUACAAUCAUCAUGGUAUCUUUUCUAUUGAUGAACCAAAAGCUCUCUAUGGUCUAGAACCAUGUAAACAAGUUACAUGUCGAUUUUGUUUUCCAAUUAAAGAUAUUUUUAUUCAUGGACGACAAAAUCAACCAGUUGUUCAAUUUUCUUCAGCACAAAAACAUCGUUUUGUCAAUGGAUACGAAGCUAUUCUCAAUUGUCCAACGACGUGUACUACAAAGAAUAUCAUCUAUGCAUUGACAUGUCCUUGUGGUCAAUAUGAUUAUAUUGGAUAUACAUCUUUAACACUGGAUGAACAACUCAAAUAUCAUCGUGAACAUGGAAAUCGAAUCAUGCAUGAAUUUAUACUUGACUCAAAAAAUAGUACACACAUGCAACAACAAACUAAAUCACAAGAGUAA